UUCAUAAACAGAACUGUAUUUGUAUGAAUGUUUUGAAUAAUGAUUUUGAGGGCAAUAUAAUGACACAUUUACAAAAACUGAGAAAGUUUCUCAGCCCGAACGAAAUCUAGUAUUUGUACAUGUAUGCAAGUUGGUUGCUAUGGGGAUAGGACGCUUGGUCAUUGUGGCCUCGCUUGUCUUUUACCACCUAGCUAGCUAACCAGCUAUGUUGACCUAAUGUUAAAUUUGACUUCACUUUGAAAAUUGAAAAGACAAGUGGAUUGAGCUAAUAGGAGUCGUUCGCUUGGACACAUACGAGCCAUGCCUCAUCUGAAGAAACCUCGAAAAGUGGAGCCCCUGUCAAAAUUAUGGGACAGAAAGGCACAAAAGUGUGGACUGCGACACACUGUUUAUUCAGUCAAUGGAGAUGAAUACACCGGGGAUUGGCUGGACAGCAAGAAGCAUGGCAAAGGAACUCAAAUUUGGAAGAAGGCCGGGGCCAUUUAUGAUGGAGACUGGAAAUAUGGCAAACGUGAUGGAUACGGGACCUACAGCAAACUCCUGUCUGUAACCAAUGAGUAUUCAAGGGAAUACUCAGGUGGAUGGGAAAAUGACAAAAAGCAUGGGUUUGGGACCUACUUCUACAGUGACACUGCCUGCUAUGAGGGAGAAUGGAGUGAGGAUCAGAGGAGUGGCUGGGGCAGGAUGUAUUAUGACAAUGGGGACAUAUAUGAGGGAGAAUGGCUGAAAAACAAACAUCACGGACAGGGCAUGCUUCGUCUCGCCAAUGAAAACAGGUAUGAAGGCAACUGGAAGUAUGGGAAGAAGAAUGGGCAUGGAAAGUUCUUUUACCUGGACAAAGGUCAGCUUUAUGAGGGCUUCUGGGUGGAUGGAGUGGCCAAAUGUGGAACAGUCUCUGACUUUGGAAGAGCUGAGGCACCAACACCAACAAUAUACCCAAUUCCUAAGGUACAUCUGUUGGAUGUGAGAUCAGUUUUAAUGGAAACACAAUCAACAUACCACAGUGAAUAGGACAAGCCAAAGAAGAACAUCAGAACACCCUAAAGUGCUCCAUCUCUGCUGAUCUCUGCACACCAAGCUCACUUACCAUGCUGUUAAAUGCCAUCAUGUAACAAAUAAAGAGAGCACAUCAUCAUGAGGAAGAUUUGAGUCAUUUUACUUCUAUGAAACGGGACCACUGAACAUGAUUUGACUUGUAAUGAGAUCACGGUGCCAUCUGGAUAUCAUUCCCCAGUGGCAACUCGAGGUAUUACAAACACAUUCCUAGAAGCAAAACAAAAAGUAAACAGUUACAUUUGCCAAGACCAACCCACUCAUUGUACAAACAAACAAGUCACAAAGGGUGCACUUUGAACAGAAAAUUAAAGCAACAGAUAACACUUUUACAAAGCCAAUUGUGUUUAGAAAGAAUAUGUGCAGUUAAUCUCUGUAUUCACUGUUUAAGCAGCAGUGAAAUUAACUUGACGCUUUUCUAGUCACAAAUUCAUAUUUUCCGACCAAAUAAUCAUGGUACAAAAUGCUAUUUCAAUACCACAGGUUACAACUAUGAAAACACUUUUUGUAGAGUUUAUGCAGCAACAUUUGGCCAACCGAUUAGACUAAAAAUAACUUAAGCAGGCUGAUUACAUUUAAUCUCUCAAACAUGAAUUGAAACCUGAACCUUAGGUUGAAUACAGAACUGACAGAAGUAAGACAAUGGUCGCGUUUCGCUGGUCAGACGUUGCAUGCAUCAACCAAUGGUUGCGUGCCACAUCGUCGACUGCGCCUUCGGACACCAGAUUGUUAUAACAUAUGUGGUUAGCUGGUACUUAAAAUACCUAUCCAGGCAUUGUAAGACCUGGCAUGCAUCAGCAACGCCUGGGCAGAGGUACGUGCCCGUUCAUUGGUGCUCAUAGAAUACAAUGAGGCAAGCCACCGUGUCACAAUAUAGUAGUUAAAAGGGAUAGUUUACCCAAAUUACAGAAUGACAUAUUGGUUUCCUUACCCUUUAAGCAGUCUAUGGACAAGGUAUGACAGCAAUCCAGUCUUUGGUUUAAUUUCUCUGGGACUGUUUCCACAAGCUAACGUUUUAGCAUUUGAGGCACAAAUCCCAUUCAAGUAAUUUUUUGCACAUCAUGUUCAAAACUUCUAAGUGACUUUUGAGCUUUACUACCAAUUUGAGAUACUUUCUUAUGAUUUGGACACAAUGUGCGAAAAUUGCUAAUAUCGACCCAUCAAUGUGAUUUGUGCCACAAAUGCUAAAACGUUAACAUGUGUCAACAGUGCCAGGGACACCAAAGCAUAGAUCGCUUUCAUACCUUGUCCUUGGGCUGCUUAGAGGGUAAGGAAAACACCGUCAUUUUGUCAUUUGGGUGAACGAUCCUUUUAAUGAGAGGCCUCUUUAGCCCCCUCCUACCAUUUACCUGUAAGGUAAAAAAAUAUAUGUAUAACUUCAGCCAGUAGUUUUGAAAGUGCUGGUCACGAGACAAAAGUGCUACCUGUUUUUUGUGUACGACUUCAUCCAAUUGUGUGCUAUGUCAUCCAUUUUGUGUGAUAUGUUACAAAUAUUGCAAUUUGUAUGAUUUCAUAAGAUUUAGCAAUUUGUGUGGUAUGUUACGAAUCCAAAUGACCCUUUGCUAAGCCCCCGGCCCCCUUGGUUACUGUUGCAACCUUGGACCACGUUUUCCCAGGAAGCCUUAUUCCCCCUUCGAACCACUGGCGUAAUCCCCUCACAAUGACAAACUGUGUUUUUAAUACACAAUGAAAUUAAACACAGACUACCCCGUGCAAGUCAGGAGACUCUUGGGUAUGUUGUGGUUGACUGUCAUUGCAAUUGCUUCAUGGGAACCUGGUAAAAUGACGGUUGUAGUGUGGCUAGCCACUGGACGGCUCUGAAUGCACUGUCAGCAUGCAGCCAAAGUUACUAACCACUUUUGGAGCUAACUAGUGCUCUUAAAUCGUAUCCUGAUGUCGACAGCAGAUGAGAGCUGUAUUCUAGCACGGCUAAUUUAGCUUUUUUUUUUUAUAUAAAAAAAAGUUAUUAACUGCAAUAUUGGGUGGUCAAUAAGACAGAGCUAGUUAAGCAGCUGAGUUAGCAAACAAUGUAACUAAAGUAUAAUUUUGAAUUAGAAAAAUAAUUUAACAGGCU